UCUUAUACCACAAAGGCACGAAAACCUAGCUAGCUGUGCUAGUUUAGAUAUAUGGAUUCCUAUAGUGAAGAGGAUGCUACGAAAUUACUUCGAGCUCAGACCCAUGUAUGGAAUCAUAUUUUGAAAUUCAUAAGCUCUAUGUCUCUUAAAUGUGCAAUUGAAUUAAGCAUACCAGAUAUCAUACACAAGUAUGGCCAACCCAUGCCACUCUCACAACUCAUUGCUUCACUACCCAUCCACCCAUCAAAGUCCAGCUUCAUCUACCGCUUGAUGCGGAUUUUGACUCAUUUUGGUUUCAUCUCUCAACACAACAUCAUUCAAAAUGAUAAGCAAGAAGUAAGGUAUGAGCUAACUGAUCCAUGCAAACUACUCCUUAAGGACAAUCCCUUGAGUAUGACAUCUUUGUUACAAGCCUUACUUGAUCCAAUUUGCAUUAAUCUAUGGCAUCAAUUCUCAACUUGGUUCACAAAUGAAGACCCUACAACAUUUCACACAGAAAAAGGGACUACAUUUUAUGAAUUUUUGGGGCGUGACCCUUUCAAUCACCUUUUCAAUGAUGGCAUGGCUAGUGACACUCAAUUGGUUUCUAGUGUGAUGAUUGAGAAGUGCAAGGGGGUGUUUAAGGGAUUAAAGUCAUUGGUUGAUGUUGGAGGAGGAACAGGGACUAUGGCUAAGACCAUUGCAAAGUCAUUUCCACAAUUAGAGUGCAUUGUAUUUGAUCUCCCACAUGUUGUUAACAACUUGCAAGGAGCUGAGAACUUAAAAUAUUUUGGAGGGGACAUGUUCGAAGGAAUUCCUCCUGCUGAUUCAGUUUUAUUGAAGUGGAUAUUGCAUAACUGGAACGACGAGGAAUGUGUGAAAAUACUAAAUAAAUGCAAGGAAGCAAUACCUAACCAAGGAAAGAUUAUUAUCAUAGACUUGGUGAUGGAGAGUAAGAAGGAAGACAAAAAGUUAGUCGAGACACAAUUGUUCCUUGAUAUGCAAAUGAUGGUGUUUUUCAUUGCAAAGGAAAGAAAUGAGAAAGAAUGGGCCAACUUGAUUUCUUCUGCUGGUUUCAGUGACUACAAGAUAACUCCUGCUCUGGGUUUAAAUUCUAUCAUCGAGGUUUAUCCAUAGUGUGUUACCGUUAGACAUGUAUAUGAAAAAGGAUUCAUGUUAUAAAUGUUUAAAAUAAAAUUCCAUGAUCACUUAUAAUGUUUCUUUUA